AUGUCCAAAGCUACUUCUAUGUUCCACCCCAAGAGGCUAGACCUCUCUGGGUUUGUUAACACUCGCCUGAUUCGCGACCACAACAAGCGCAACGCCUUUGCGCAGAUGGAGCCUGAACGACAAGCGCUCCGCUAUAUCAUCCGCAAUACAAGCCUCCCCCAACGGACCCGUGCCCAGGCGCAGCUCCAACUCUCCCAGAUGCACUGCUACACGCGCCCAACCCAGAUCAAGAACCGCUGUGUGGCGUCAGGCACCGCGCGAAGUGUGUUCCGGGAUUUCAGACUCAACCGAGUAAGUACAGGCUCGCAAAUGAAGGUUGUCUGGAUAGCAGUCGCUAACUCUGUGCUUCUUUCCCCUCCUGUCCAGUUCCAAUUCCGUAUGCAAGCUCUUGCGGGUGAGCUUCCCGGUGUCAAGAAGGCGAGCUGGUAA